AUGCAUUGUAUCCAAAGUGAGGGUGGUGUUGGUGGUUGUACGGGUGGUGAUGAUGAUGGUGAUGUUGGAGGUGCGGGUAAUUGUGGAAGUGGUGGUGCGAAAAUGGUGGUGCUGGUUGUACAGGUAAUGGUGGUGUUGGCUGUGCGGGUAAUUGUGAGUGUGGUGAUUGUGGUGGUACUGGAAAUUGCUGUGUUGGUUUUGCAGGGAAAUAGUGAUGAUGGUGAUGGUGCUGGAUCGGGUAAUAGUGAUGAUGAGGGUGAUGGUAUUGCUGCGAGUAAUGGAGGUGGUGGUUAUGAUAUUGGUGCAGGUUAUGGUAGUGGUAUUAAUUGUGCGAGUAAUGGUGAUAUUGCUGAUAGUUGUGGUGCGAGUAAUGGUGGUGUUGUCGAUGGUACGGGUAAUAGUAGUUGUGGUUUUGCGGGUAAUGGUGAUGAUGGGGAUGGUGGUGGUGCAAGUAAGGGUGACUGUGUAGGUGCCGGUAACGGUGUUAGUGUUGGAUGUGCGCUUGAUGGUGGUGAUAGUAAUGAUGCGGUUAAUAGUGGUUGUGGUGUUACGGGUGGUGUUGGUUUUAUGGGUAAUGUUGGAGAUGGCAAUGGUGGUGGGGGAUAUUGA